AUGUCUGAGCAAGACGUUCAUCCAGAUAAAUACACUAAAUUCCGAAGUAGCCACAAAUACUACAUCGAUACAUUUAAUGCGAUGUAUCAGUUAAAAACGGAAAAUGAAGAAGAAUUAAUCAAGAUAUACAAAAUGAUCAAAACAUAA